AAUAAGUUUAUUUUAUCUUCACAUUUAAUAAAGUUAUUACAACCAUAAUGGUAUAUUUAUAUACAUCUAAAAAUGUGAAGAUACUAAAAAAUCUUCUUAUUGAUUUCUCAAAGUCAUCGGAUAUAUCGCCCUGUGAAUAUAUGAAAUCUUAUAUAGAUUCCUGGGAUGAUCCAACGGAUGAUUCAAAGCUUUGUUGGAUUGUGGAAACCUUCCUCGGUAUUAUGAAACACGAUCAAUUCUUAAAACAAACAGUUGCUCAGUUUCCGUCGAAACUAAACGACGACGAUAAAGAUUACCUGUCGAUUAUGGUACAUGGUUUAAUUUUUCAAAUUUCGCCAUCUGAUAUGACUUUAUUGUACAAAUGUUUGUUCAAUUUAAGUAAAGAAAUCUUAAAUGCACUCACAAGUUCCUUAAAAACUUGUGAAUUUCUAGAUCAGAUAUCUAAAAUAGCUCAACCAAUUUAUGACACAAAUUAUAUUACCGAACAUAUAAUAAGACCGCUUUCGAAAUGGCAACCUACUAUGGAUAAAAUAUCACAAAUGUAUGGAGAAUAUUUAGCUGAAAUAGAAAGUUUAAAAAUAAAACCACCCACUAUACCAGUACAACCCAAUGUGUUGGAAAGGAAAAAUAAAAAAUUAGAGGGUUUAGUGUCCCAAAAAAUUUCUCUACCAGCAACCCCACCUAACUCAGUUUGUGAUAAACCUAAACGCAUGCUUACAAAAAGUGUAAUCGAUAAAAAACUAAAACAAGCGUUUGAUAUGAAUAAACAAAAAGCCAUGAAACUCUUGAACGAAUUAAAAAGUGAAAUGUAUCACUAUCCCCAAAAACGACAUUAUGAAAAACCAAAACAUUCUAUCAAUUUACAAAAAGAUACUGAACAAGAUUGGAAAAAAACUUUCGCAAAAUCUAAGAAUAAGAAUUGGAAAAAAAUACCACUAAUGCCAGUAAAGGAAAACAUAGCGACGCUUAAACGGUUUAAUGAAAGAAUUAAAUUAACUGAACGAGAGGAAAUACAAUGGCUGCAAAAUUUAUUAUGCGAUUGUAGAAGCUUAAGUAAAUUCCAUGAACUAGAGGAAUAUGAACGUGAAGAGAGGGAAAGGGAUCGAAUACUUGACAUAGAAAAAAAGCAUAUACAAGGUCAAAUCACAUUCGAAGAGGCACUAUUGGCAAAGAAAAAAGUCCAAGAAGAAAAUAAAAGGAAAUACGAAGAAUUUAUGAAAGAAAAAGAAUUAUGGAAUAAAGAAUUGGAGAAAUGGAAUCAAGAACAAAUUGAAAAUAACCGCAAACAUUUUGAAAAACUAUCCUUAAUUGAAUUAAAUGUGCUAGAGGCACGUAAAAAAGUUACUGAUAAAAAGAAAGAAGAGGCGGAUUUGAUUAAAAAAGAGAAUGAAAUAUUGCAUUUACAAUCUUUGCAAGCUAAACAGGAAGAGUUAAAACGUAAAAUUCAAUUGAUUAAAGAAAUUAAAAUCUUGUCUAUCAUAGCAAAGAGAGCCAAGCUUCCUAAAAUCAUAGAUUUAACAGAAACAUCAGGACUUGGCUUAUUAUGCGAAAUGUCGAUGGCGGAACUUCAAGAAAGGUUAAGUUCGAUGAAGAUGAAUCUCAAAGAGGAGUUAGAAGCAAAAAGCAAACUUAUAAAAGAAAAAAAUGUUGCAGCAAAAAAGGCAAUAGAAGACACCCGGAACAAAGUUGCUGAGUUUUUAGAUGAAAGAAAGAAACUACGAAACAGUAAUAAAAGCCCACCAAAACCACCAACAGAUGUGUCGACUAAAGAAAUCAAUGAGUUGAAAAUGAUUUUAGAAGCCAAAAGAAAAUUACGGCAACAAUUAACUACUUAAAGUAAUUAGUAUGAGUUUCGUGUUUUUGUAAUUUAUUUCUGUGUUGAAUGAAAUAAAAUUCAUAAAUAAAUUAAACCAA